AUGGCUGUUCCAUCAAAACGGAGAGCUGAUGACGGUGGUUCGUCGUCUGUUCCUCCCUCUGUCGACUGUCGGCACAGGUCUCGACGUUUACAACCAUUAUCUCUUCUUCCCGACUACAUGGAUUGUGGUGACUGUACGUGUGUUUGUGCCUACUGCGGUGCAUUGUUCUGGUACAUUGAGAGAAUCGUUAAUACAUCUACAGCUGAUCCUCCUAGAUAUAAUCAUUGUUGUAGAGGUGGAGAUGUUGUACUUCCUUAUCCUUCCAUGUUUCCCACCGACUUUGUUGCUCUGUAUCAAAAUUCAGGUUUUUUAAGGGAUAUUAGGGCUUAUAACAACAUGUUUUCUAUGACUUCUUUUGGGGCAAACGUAGAUGAGGAUGUGAAUGAUAACCGUGUUCCUUAUGUUUUUAAGAUAUCUGGUCAGAUUAGCCACAAGAUUGGGUCCCUCUGUCUGGAUCCUAUAAAGGGUCCGAGGUUUCUGCAACUAUACCUCUUUGAUACUGGGAACGAAGUAGAGAACAGAUUGAGGCCUUUUGAUCAUCCUUCAAAGAGCGAUUUAGAUUUUAACAUUGUCAGCUAUCUGUCAUAUGCGGUGCGACUCUUUAACAAUGUUGCGGAUCGUAGGUAUGAUUUGCCUUCGUCUGGGUCUUUGGGUUGUAUAGUAACUGGUGAUGACACAAUCUCUACAACAUAUGACAUCAUUAUCCAUUCCCAAUCGGGUCGGCCUCAACGUAUCAGUAAGCUGCAUCCAAGCUAUAUGCCAUUACAAUACCCGCUUUUGUUUCCAUAUGGUGAAGAAGGUUGGUCACCCCGUUUGAAAAUUGGAAAUAGGAUUGGUGCAACAGCUUGA